UCUCUUUCCGCAGAUGCUCCAGUUGCAAGGCAGGGGUGGAGAAGGGAAGCUUCAGGCUAGACACCAGGAGCCCGUGAUUCCCUUGCAGUACGCAAGAGAAAACUCGCAGCCUGCCCCGUUAGAAAGCAAGUCAUCUCCCGGAUCGCAGAGGCUGCGCGCGCGCCUCUCCGGGAAGCGGGGCUUGCGGGUCUCACGGAAUACAAAUCUCCCCGGAGGAAAAAGAAGGGGGCAGCCCCCCUCCGGCCCCUAAGCGCGGCACCUGUAGAACACGAAGCUAUUGAGUCGGUCGUGUUCCCCCAGCACCCCCCCCCCACCCGGGAAUUCAUGUGCUUGUGGCUCUCGCAAGGCGCUGCUUCUGCCACGCCCGGGUUGCAGGACGCCGCCGAGCUGCUGCUGUAGCGCCCGCCGCUGCUGCUCGUUCGGGAAGCGAAAGGAACGAAGUACGAGAGCGAUUGGGACGUGCUAGACGGCUGGCGGUGCAACAUGAGGCGAAGAGCGAGCAAGCAGCUGAGCCCCGCGGGGGGAAGUGCCGCGACUUGCCUUGGGAUUUUGCUACAGUGAAAGGAGCGAACGGAGCGAGCCUCCCUAGGAUCACCAUGGGGAGGAAAGGCUAGCCCUACGUGCCUCGUGUACGGUUUCUCCCAGAAGGCGUGCAACAAAUGGCAGCCAGGUCUGUAAUCCAGGCUGCAGUGGCGGCGGCAGCGACUCCCAGGUGAGGCGCAAGACUCCGGUUCGCAAGCUGCAGCUCUCCAUGCCUGCUUGCCUGCGCCUCGCCUCCCUUUCUCCUCCUGAGUCACCCCGCUGCAUCUGGCAUUACUAUUCAGACACUGCACUGCACCGAGGCCUAGUAAGGAAAAUUCUAAUCCUUACUGACUUGGUUCCUCUGAGGAUUCUCAGCCAAAGUACCUCUCAGAUCUCUUGACCAUAAAAUAUGAGAUGGCACCAUGUGAUUCACUCAGCAAGAUCUCUUUCUACCUCUUGGACCGAAAAAAGGAGCAACUUAUGAGGCUUCCUAGCAAUCCCAAAGGCACCUCAUCAAAGCAACUGAGCUACGAUAAACUGACAGGAAUGUCCUUUUAAAAAGCAAACAGACCAUGAAGAUGUCUACGUAUUAACCUGUUCUUGAAUUCCAUUGUUGGUGAGAAUGGGGUUGCAGUUUUGUUCCUGAGACAGUUUGCCACCACUGUUGGGUAAAUGAGAAGCGGUUGGGUGAUUAUGCUGACAUCCCAGCAUGCAUUUGGUAGACCUGUGGUUAACUCGCUCCCUCUCCAUGUGUCUGCUUCUACAAAGCUUUGUCCUCAUGAUACUGUGCUUUCAUUCUGCCAGUAUGUGCCCCAAAGGUUGCCUUUGCUCUCAUUCUGGAGGUUUGAAUGUCAGCUGCAGCAAUGCAAACCUGAAAGAAAUACCCAGAGAUCUUCCUCCUGAAACUGUCCUACUCUACUUAGACUCCAAUCAGAUUACAUCCAUCCCAAAUGAAAUUUUCAAGGACUUGCACCAACUGAAAGUCCUCAACUUAUCCAAAAACAUCAUUGAAUUUAUAGAUGAGCACUCCUUCAAAGGGGUGGCAGAAACCUUGCAGAUGCUAGACUUGUCAGACAACCGGAUUAAAAGCGUGCACAAAAAUGCUUUUAACAAUUUAAAGGCCAGGGCUCGAAUUGCAAACAACCCUUGGCACUGUGAUUGCACCCUGCAGCAAGUCUUGAGAAGCAUGGCUUCCAACCACGAAACAGCCAACAGUAUCAUCUGUAAGACCUCCGAUUUAGAUGAACAUGCUGGGAGGCCAUUCCUCAACGCAGCUGAUCCUGACCUCUGUAAUCCUUCUAAAAGGACAACUGAUUAUGCCAUGCUAGUCACCAUGUUUGGCUGGUUCACCAUGGUGAUAUCCUAUGUAGUUUACUAUGUGCGGCAAAAUCAAGAGGAUGCACGCCGGCACCUGGAGUACUUGAAAUCUCUGCCGAGCAGGCAGAAGAAACCAGAUGAAGCAGAUGACAUUAGCACUGUUGUAUAAUGCCCCCACAUCCAGUGACAGACUGCAGUGGCUGCUAGGUGUGGAUAGCACGGAUGCCAGCUGUUUACUUCUAACAUUCGUGGUCAACAUGUUAAGACUUUUUCCAAUUAAACUGAAUUCUGCCACUGUCUAACUUUCUAAAAAAAAAGAUUUCUGUUUUGGGAUGAUAACAGUACUCUUUUAUUGUUUCUCUGGUGGUAUUCUAAACCAAGUGAACUAUUAUGUAAACAUUAGUUUAGACCCAUUCCACUCUUUAAUAAUGAAAUUUAUUUUUUUAAUUUAAAACCAAAUAAAAGCUAAACUUUGAACCAUGUAAA